AUGGAAGCAUCCGCAGGUCUGACUUCGAAGCCGGCUGAGCGCCCAAUGGCGACACGCUGGUUUCACUGGUAUGAUGCCGGUGCCAGCAAGGCAGAGCGAAAGCUACUACGGAAACUCGACUUUUACAUUUUGCUCUACGCCUGCCUUACGUUCUUUGUCAAAUACUUGGAUCAAACCAAUGUCACAAACGCCUGGCUCAGUGGCAUGCAAAAAGAUCUCCACCUCAAGGCCAACGAUCUCAACUGGUUCACGACCUACUUCAGCGUCGGCGUCAUCAUCGGCGCGCCCAUUUCGACGUGCAUGCUCACAGUAGUGCAGCCGAGAUACUGGUUGCCCUUCUGCACCAUUGCCUGGUCCUUCUUUGUACUGUUCAUGUACAAAUCCGAAAACGCUUCUACUCUCUUUGCUCUCAGGUUCUGCUGCGGCCUGUUUGAAGCCGGUGCUUACCCUGGCUGUUUAUACGUGAUCGGUAGCUGGUACACCAAAUCCGAAAUCAGCCGACGUACCGGAAUAUUCCUCUUUUCUUCCGUUUUCGGAUCCAUGUGCUCGGGCUACAUUCAAGCUGGACUGUUAGAACACAUUGACUCGGAUAAAUACUACCCAAUACCGUCGCUAACAAUGUUCCCUAGCCACAAGCACAUGGAUGGUGUGGCAGGCCUAGCCGCCUGGCGCUGGCUGUUCAUCUUCGACUUUCUUCUGGGAGUUCCCGUUGCCAUUUUCGGAUUCUUCGUCUGCCCUCACGAGCCCAGAGGAAAGAGGAUCUGGUGGAUGACGGAAGAGGAGAAGCAACUCUCCGUCGACAGAAUGAAGAGAGAUGGACGUGAUGCUACCAGUGUCUGGACAUGGGAUGUCAUCCGCCAAAUUGCUCGGUCCUGGCAGUUUUACGGCUUCAUCAUCGGUUGGGGAUUCGUCGAGCUGACUUGCGGCAACAACCUGAUGCGAUGGAUGGGCCUAUGGCUGAAGAAGGAAGGCUGGGGACAGACACAGGUCCAGGCCAUCCCGACUGGCAUCGGCGCCAUGCAACUCGUCUUCAUCUUCACCAGCGCCGUCGCUGCCGAUUCGCUCAACAACCGAGCGCUGCCCUUCUUCGUGCUCUGUAUGUUCAUGCUCUUCUCCUACCUCGUCUUCCUCAUCGGCACCGAGAACAACGGUCUGCGCAUGACGGCCUACUUCAUCGGCGGCGCCUACGGCGGUCUCUCUCCGCUCUUGGGUGGCUGGAUCAACUGCAGCUGCGGCGGCAACAAGCAGCUGCGCUCCUUCAUCACGGCCAUGAUGAUCUCCGUCGGCUACGCCAUUGAAGCGCCCGCGCAGCAGGUGGUAUUCCCGACGGCCGAUGCGCCCAAUUUCCGACGGACAAAGGGUUACAACUUUGGUGUCGGCAUGGUCGUGGCAACGGCUGUGUGGUGCGCCGUCGUCAUCCCCCUCAUGGCGCGCUACUGGUUCUUCAAGGACAAGCAGAUGUGCGACAACUGCGACUGCGACGAGCCCAUUGCGGAGAGCACCAGCUACAGGGCGAAUACAAAGACGGCCGACGCGUCCGACUAG